AUGCGGCUCCUCGUCUUCGUCCGCGGCGAACACGCGCCCUACGCUUCCGCGCCAGACGUCGCCCACAAGGGCUGCGGUAUCGGCGACACGCUCGGUAACAAGGGCGCGAUCGGCGCCGCGUUCCGCGUCCACGGCACCACGCUCUGCUUCGUGUGCUGUCACCUCGAGGCCUUUCAAGGCGAGGUCUUCGGUCGGAACAGUGACUUCUCCCAGGUCGUGAGCCACCACCGCGCCCCGUCCCGGGAGAUCCCCCUGGUUGCGCCGGAACUGCCGCGCGUCGCCAGGUUGACUCCCUCCGCCUCGGGCGCAAGGACCUCGAUGCGCUGCAUCAGUUCGACCACGUCUUCUGGUUUGGUGACCUGA